AUGUCUCAAUCUACCACUCCCGUCAAGCAAGCCAAGCCAGCUGCCGCUGCUGGAAGCGAGAAGGACCCCGUCCGCAUGCUCGAGAAGCUAGAAACAAAGACCAAAGCAGUGGUAGCCAACAGUCAGCUGGUGAGCGCAGAUGACAAACUGCACCCGCUUUUGAGUCUCAAGAACGGAAGAACUCUUGAAAAGUUUCCCGAAACGCCAAAGGCUUUGGCUAAAUUGAGUGUCACCGUCGUUGAUGCUAUGCUCAGUGCUCUUGAGGCUGACCGUGAAGGAAACGAGAUGGUGAAGAGAGAAAAGUUGCGUCUACAGAUUGGUCUCAAGGCCAACCCUGCCUAG